GUCUAAACCAUGGAACGAUGGAUUCGCAACCAAAUCGUACUGCAUUUGCGGCCGCGCCCGCACCUCGAUCAAAAGUGGUGCAUCUGUACCCCAUACCUGAAACAACCAUUUGCGGCUCCCUAGUCUAAGAAUUGCCAUAAUAUAAAACACAGAGCAACACAUAAAAUGAGCUGGAAUCAACGCAGCACUACCGACGUGCGCCAAGGUCCAGCAAUGAGCAAUAAUUCCCACGAUUUCAUACCCGAUCUCACCGGGAAAGUCGCCAUCGUAACGGGUGGGCACACAGGACUUGGCUUCGGCACCAGCAUUGAGCUUGCGAAAUAUGGCGCCCGGGUCUAUAUUGCCAGUCGAUCGGCUACGAAAUUCAACGAUGCGAAGAGGAUUAUUCUUUCUGAAUUCCCUAAGGCAGAUGUACGGUUUCUGACGUUGGACUUGACCAAUUUGGAUAGUGUACAGGCGGCGGCAGAGAAGUUCACCGAGCAGGAAUCAAGUCUACAUUUACUUUUGAAUAAUGCUGGCGUUAUGUGCGUUCCGUACGAGGAGACGGUGGAUGGGUUUGAGAUGCAGAUAGGGGUGAACUAUAUUGGCCACUUCCUUUUCACCAAGCUACUCAUCCCGGUACUCCAGAAGACAGCAGACGUAGGCGGAAAGGGAAGCGUGCGUAUCGUGAACGUGUCUAGCGACGGGCACGCCAAACUCGCACCCAAGGAGGGUAUAAUAUUCACAGAUAUGAACCUAGAGAAUGGGUUCUCUGUCUGGGCCCGAUACGGCCACUCCAAGCUUGCCAACGUACUGCAUGCGAAAGAGCUGGCCAAGAGGUACCCAAACAUUCUUGCGAUAUCUUUGCACCCGGGGACGGUCAAGACGAAUCUAUCUGCUGGGCCGAUAUCCUCAACUCCGUUAUAUCGGUUGAUAAAGCCGCUAGUCGAGCUAGGUGCGCCUGGGCCACGAAAGGGUGCAGCAAACAUCAUCUUUGCCUGUGUGUCACCGAAGCUACGACUGGAGAACGACAAUGGAGCAUAUUUGCUGCCGGUUGGAAAGUUGUCGGCAUGCAGUAAAGCGGGAUCGGAUCCAAAGAUGGCGGAGAAUCUCUGGGAGUGGACGAUGGAGGCUCUCAAAAGUCGAGGGUAUGAAUAA